AUGUCAUCAAGAUCAUAUCAGGUUGCACAGGAUGCUAUGGAUUUUGGGCAGAAAGGACACGCCAACGCUUGCCAUGGAGAUUGUCCCACGCUCUGCACCUACACCAGGACAAUUUCCGCCAAAACCGAUCUUCACGCACUUCUCAAAGCUGCAGUGCGCAUCAACUAUCACGUAAUCGCCUUGCAUGAAACAAAGUCUAGGAACGGACGUGAGGCAGUUGAAUGA